CGGAUAGGCGGAUAGUAAUUGGUUUCCUUUUUGAGCUAGGGCUUUGAGAAGUUUUUCUUUUUUUGACAUUCUUUUUUCGACAUCGUUUGAUAAGUUUUUCCUGUUGGUUUCCUUUUUGAGCUAGAGCUUUAAUUGAGAAGUUUUUCCUUGUGCCUCUCUAUAAAAAUAGAGGGCUUUACGCCUUUACCUGUGAAAGUAGCAAACAAAGUUUUUAAUAAUUUCGUCUUUUGCUCUCAAAGUAACAAACCCUAAGAAAGCUUUUGAAUCAACUAUGGGGCAGAAACAAGUGCAGAGGAAUUCGAGUUUCAGGUUUCAGAUAAAUAACUUCUCGGAGAAGGAAUCAGCGAUAAAGUCUCAGACAUUCAUGAGUCAUGGAUGCGAAUGGUAUCUCUACGUUUAUCCGAAGGGAGAUAGUCGCUCUGAUGUUCACUUGCCUAUUUACCUAUUCAUUGCAAACCCUAAAUCAUUGGGAAGUGAAUGUACUUUUCAAUUCGUUCUGUUGAAUCAAUCCAACAAAGAGCUCUACAGAUCACCAAUUGGACAGGGUUUGUUUUGUGCUAAGUCUACAGGCUAUGGUUUUGCACAGACCUUGCCUCAUAGAAAGCUUCGGGAAAAAGUGUUUUUGGAGAAGGAUAGACUCACCGUUGAAGUUUACAUUAGUAGAGUUGAAGUUGUAUCAGAGAAGAAAAAGACUGUGGAUAUCAACGGUUUUCAAGUUCUUGCUUCUCAGGUAAGCUUAAAAAGGAUCUGUUUCUUCUUUUAGGUUUUGUGCCUUUUGUGGUUGCUUAGUCAGAUUCCUUUCUGAGUAACAUAAACAUAUUUUUCCUUGGCAGGUUAUU